UUGUUUCCAAAGGAUGGUCACAUGAGACAAGCCCGUCCGAUAUCAAAACAACCCAAGUACGUCAACAAAACUCCUGACGGCAGUCCCAUCUACGUAGCCCAUAACAAAGCCGAUUUCAAGGACUUAGUCCUUAGACUCACCGCCACUAUCCCAAGCUCGCUGCCGCCGCCGGAUCAAGAUGUUCCCUAUCCUCCACCGCUGGCUCAGGUUAGCGAUUCCCAGCCAAUAAGGCUAAACGACGUUCUUCCUAUUCCUCCUCUAUUCUAUCGAUUCCCAACGGUUCCAAUUACGACCAACACCUCAACAGCUGAGUUCUCCAACACUCAACCACCGUGUCCACCGUCGCUGGCUCAGGUUAGCAAUCCCCAGCCAAUCAGGCUAAAGGACGCUCCUAUCCCUCCUCUACCUUAUCAACUCCCAGCGGUUCCGAUUACGGCCAACGCCUCAACAGUUGAAUUACCCAACACUCAACCACCAUCUCCACCGUCGUUUCCGCCGUCUCCACCGUCGCUGCCGUCACCAUUGCCGCCGCUUUCUCCCGGAGAGCAAGAUUCGAUGGAAGCUACGUUGGCUGCUUUUAUGGAGAAUUUGGAGGACCAGCUGAUGGAAGACGACCCGAGCCUGGAUUAUUUCUCCGACUGGUCUCCGUUUAUUACUUCGAUCCUAAACAGUGAUGAUGAGCAACAACCGGAGAACGCUCCACCACCACCUGUUCCGGCGAACGCAUCGUCCGAUUUUCCAGAUUCGCAUGAUUUUCCGACUCAUCCAGCAUCGGAUGAUAUUCUACCACCAAUUCCGGUGGCUUUGCCGUUGGGGAAUCAAGACUGGUCCGAAUUUCCGAACGAUUUCCGAUCGGAGAACAUUCCACCACCAGUUACGGCGACUUCACCAUCCAGGUAUGGUAUACAAUUGGAAAAUUUUCUACCACCAUUUCCGGCGACUUUACCGUCUAUGAACCAUCUACAAUCGGCGAAUAUCGCACCGCCAAUGAUGGCGACGACGACUUUACCAUCCGAGAAUCUACUAAAUUGGCAUAAUUCUCAGAACCAUCUACCACCAUCUGAGAACAUGCCACAAAACUGGUCCAAUUCUCAGAAUCCUUUGGAGAAGAUGCCACCACCAGUUACGACGACUAUACCGUCAGAGAAUCUACUAAACUGGUCCAAUUCUCAGAAUUAUCUUCCAUCGGAAAACAUGCCACCACCAGUUUCAGCGACUAUGCUGUCAGGAAAUCUACCGAGUUGGCCCAAUCCUCAUAACCAUCUACCAUCGGAGAAUAUCCCACCGCCAGUUUCGGCGACUGUACCGUCUUGGAAUCCCAACUACCGGAACGAUCAACUGUCGAUGCUCAUUACACCAGAACUCUUUGGGACGGUGCCUUCCUGGGAACUAAACUUGCCCUCUUAUCCGAGCAUAAACUUUCCACCACCGGCUCCGGCGACCUUACCAUCCAACAGUCUCCAAAACUUCAAUUAGGGUUUGUUUUUUUUUUUUUCAUUUUAUCGUUGUUGUUUUUCGUUUAAGGAAUAAGAGA